CUCCACCACUAUACGAUGCGCCAAUAGUAGGUGUAUAUCCUGAUAGUAAUAGUUAUUUUGCUACGAUUCCAUUUCUACCAGCUUCGAACUCUGAAUUAAAUAUUGUUUCUGAUGCACCCAUGACGCCAGAAGAAACUAACCCUCCUUUAUCCAAUGAAAGGCUCACUUCGUUGAAUGACGAUGAUGGAAAUUGGGUGGUGUUGAAAAAAUUAAAAAGAUUAGUGCUCUAA